AUGAGAAUUGGUCGUUUCGCUGCAGCGGCCCGUGGGGUCUCCAGAGUCUCCAGAGACACGGCGAUCAGAUCACCGUGGCAGAUUUUGAGCCAAUGGAAGGAGCAGGGCAAAGCUGCUGCAGACCAUGUUGGAGCUUUGUACAACUUGGGUCGUAUGACCAGAGGGCGAGGCACAAGCGAAAGCAAGGCAGACUGGGAGCGCCAUGAUGCCAUGCAGCUCGGGUUGCAGGAUGACCCGAUGUUUGCCGACCUCCUUGUGGCGAUCCAAGAUUCCAUCCCUGAGCUCGAUCAAAAGGGUCUUUCACGAGUUCUCAUGGGGUUGGGCGACACGCACGAAGAUUUGCCUUUUGGGCAUGCGACCACGCCGAAUGCACAUUUGCGGCGACUGUUUGCUGUUGUGGAAGGAACAUGUGCCAGAUUGCUUUCCACAUGGACUGGCGUACCAAGUGCUUCACUUGAUGACAGGGAUUUGGGAUUUCCAUUGUUUGCGCUAUCCCGGCUUGGUAUUUAUGACGAGAAGGUUUUCCAGACGGCAUCAGGGCUUUUAGCCGCAAAGCUCAGUGAGGAUCCACCUUUGCCGACCCAGGGGUUGCGACAAUGGCUGCUUGCUUGCAACAGCCUAAAUCAUUCCUUGACUGAAUUCAGCGAAAGCAUUGCUGGCUAUAAGCCAUCGGAAUCGUGGGUCAAAGAGGAGGACAGUCGAUUGCAUCAGAUGGCUGGGGCUUUAGCCCAUUUGUCGACUCCGGAUCCGUUAUUGUCCAAUGUGAUUGGUGAGGUGAUUGCUAGGCCCCCAUCUCACCUGCAGGGGAGCAAGGCUGUGGCCCUGUACGGUUUGAAGGUCGUUGAUCUCUUGAGCAAAGCCGGCUGCUUGCAAAGUGAUGCUCAGUUGCUGCCAGAGCACGGUAGAGUGCUAGACCAAGCUCUGGAACAGAAAUCCAAGGUGGUUCGACGGGCUUCGCAUCUUGAGAACGUACUUGGCAAUGCAUUGUCUAGAUGUGGCUUUGAACCCUGUCAGGAUGUGGUAGUGAGCCCGGGCCUUUCAGCAGACUUUCAAUGCACAGUCAAUGGCAAUAGUUUCUUUGUUGAAGUUGAGGGACCUUCACAUUUCUGUGUGCGGCCAUUCUGGCGACCCCGUGGACGAGCAGUGCUGAAACAACGGGUCUUUGCAUCUCAAGGUUGGCCUUUGGUGUCCAUUCCUUACUGGAUUGCUGCACCUCCGGGAGCGUAUAUCCGCCGUGGCUUGCCUGGAAGACCACCCAGCUUGGAAGUCAGCGAGAAGGAACUCAAGGAUCUGGUGAGAGAGCAAUUGGAUGUUUGGCAUAGCACCUGCAAAGAGCACCAGGUGAGGCAAUGGUGGGCAGCAGACAGAGCUGCAGCCUUGGAGCUCCUGUUCAGAAGGCCAGUCCCUCCUGCUGGACCAGCGGUGGCAGCUGCCAUUGGAGCCUGCGGGAAAGGAGGAGCUUGGCAGCAUGCAGUGUCCUGCUUAGAGGGCAUGAAGGCUUCCAAGGUUGAUUUGAAUGCAACAUGCUAUGGAAUAGGAGUGAGUGCCUGUGCACGGAAUGACAAGGUUGAUGCAUCGUUCGUCCUCUUAGAGGCAGCGCUUGCUGAAGAUUUGGAGCCUGGGCUUCUAAGCUAUACUUCGACGCUAUCAGCGUGCCGGCGGUUGCAGCGCUGGGAAAGUGCCAUCAAAAUCAUCACCACGAUGAAGGACAGGGCCAUACAACCAGAUGCCGUGUGCAGCAGUGCAGCCUUGUCAUUUUCGGCAUUCAGCGACUGGCAAGGAGCCCUGCAGCUCUUGCAGGAAGCCAAGGCAGCUCAGUUGGACCAGGCCAAGGGCCUCAAGGAAAGACACAACAAAGCCGGGCAGUACUUGCACCGGAAACUCCUGGAUGUUGCAGCUGUCAAUGCUGCCUCUAGUGUUUGCGAAAGAGCUUCGCAGUGGCCAGCUGCCUUGUGCCUGUUUGAUGAGCUUUGCUCCACUUCCAUGGGCCUUGCAAUUCGACCAGACCAAGUCAGCUUCAAUGUUGCCAUCUCCAGCUGGGGUCAAGGUAAACAUUGGGAGAAUGCCUUGCGCAUCUUGGCCCAAAUGCCUUGGGGGCAAACAACUCCAGAUGCCGUAAGCUACACGUCAGCAAUCAGCGCAUGUGAGCGGGCGUUGGAAUGGAAGCAAGCUGUUGCAUUGCUUGAGGCGAUGAAGCUGCAAAGGAUUCAACCAAGCGUGCUUUGCUAUGGGGCUGCAAUUGGUGCUGGGCAUUGGCUCACGGCUUUCCAGCUCUUGGAGGCGAUGAAAGCAGACAGGCUUCAGCCUUCAACAGUUUGCUUCAACGCGGCCAUCAAUGCCUGCAGGCGCGACCAUGAGUGGCAGCAUGUGCUCAGGCUCCUGAGCAAAAUGCCAGAGGAGGCUGCUCCAAGCAUUGUAACCUUCAACUCCGCAAUCACCUGUUGCGAGAGAGCCUUCGCAUGGCAUGCAGCUCUUGGCUUGAUGGAAGAGGCUUACCGAGCACAUCAACAGCUGAACGUGGUCACCUUUGGGGCAGCCAUCACUGCCUGCAGGCGCGCAACGCAGUGGCAAAGGGCUGUCGCCUUGAUGGAGAAGAUGACCCUCCUCGGCAUUCAGCCAGAUCCUGAAUGUCAGCGGGUGGUGACACUGGCCUUGAUGGAGGCAGGCCGCGCCAAGGAGGCUUCACGCCUUCUUCGUGAGGUCUCUGGAACAGUUGCGGGGGAAGGUUUCCAACAACCACUGAGAGCAGAUGGCCGGGGUGAGCUGGAUUUGCAGAACAUGUCUGCGGAGGUUGCCACGGUGACUGCACGAGCAGCGAUUCAAGAGGCCGCAACCCGGAAGUUCAAAGCGCAGGACCUCAGCAUCAUCCUCAACGGAAAGGGCACGGCUUCGGCACACGUUGCGGCAAUGGUGCGCGCACUGGGCCUUCCGAUCAGAUUGGCCGAGAAGCCCACACGGGUCUUGGUGCCCCUGAGAGCAAUCCGUGCAAAGUGGAGAAGUGGAGCUGCGCCAGAAAAGUGA